UGAACAAACUAAGCUAUAUCCCCAGCCCUAAAUUUGCCCUUCUUUUCCUGAGGCUAUCUGGUUCCUACAGAUAGGAAGGGGCGGAGAGUAAACCAUGUCAAACGCGCCAGAGCGGCCUUCUUGGGGAGCCGAGGUUGGAGGCUGAUCCAGGACUUAAGCUUUCGGGGGCGCGUUUCAAUGAAGGGUACAAUCUUUUCCGGUGGCCGCAGCUAAUCGCUGAUAGGAAUCCUGAAAACCCGGAACCACCUUGUCCACCUCUGGUCCCUUUCCGACUACAUUUUCCAGAGCACUAGUCGGCAUUACCUGCUUCUCGCGGGAAUUCAGCCUUAAAGUCACGCGCUGGCGGGAGCCUUGGAGCUUCACUAGCAAUUAAUCCAGUGCUGUGGAGUGUUUUACUGCCUUGGAAGUUUGGGAGGCCUGAGCUCUACUGUUUUCCUAAAGAGGAACCCAGAGGAGGUCCUUUCUACAAAUAUCAAAGCCAUGGCUCAGGAGUCAGUGGUGUUCAGUGAUGUAUCCGUAGACUUCUCUCAGGAGGAGUGGGAAUGCCUGACUGAUGAUCAGAGACAUUUAUACAGAGAGGUGAUGUUGGAGAAUUACAGCAACCUGGUUUCAAUGGCAGGACAUUCCAUUUCUAAACCAAAUGUGAUUUCCUACUUGGAGCAAGGAAAGGAACCCUGGUUGGUUGACAGAGAGAUGACAAGAGGCAAGUGGCCAGUCCUGGAAUCAACAUGUGAGACCAAGAAGUUAUUUCUGAAGAAAGAAAUAUAUGAAAUAGAGUCAGCCCAGUGGGAGAUAAUGGGAAGAUUUACAAGACAUGACCUUCAGUGCUCUAAUUUCACAGAUGACUGGGAGUGUAAUGGCCAGUUUGAGAAACAACAUGGCUCUAGGGACAGGCAUUUCAGUAAACUGGUAAUCACUCAUGAAGAUGUGCCUGCUUUCAGUCAACAUCCAUCCUUUACAUUACAGCAACUUAUUAAUAAUAAAGAAAAAUACUGUGCAACAAAAGAAUACAGAAAAAAUGUUAGACAUGACUCUCAAUUUACUGCACAUCAAAUAAUUCAUACUGUUGAGAAACCCCACGAGUGUAAGGAUUGUGGAAAGGCCUUUAGACAUCCUUCAAGACUUGCUCAUCAUCAGAAAAUUCACACUGGCAAGAAACCCUUUGAAUGUAAGGAAUGUGGGAAAACAUUUAUUUAUGGCUCAGACCUUACUCGACAUGACAGGAUUCACACUGGCGAGAAACCCUAUGAAUGUAAGGAAUGUGGAAAGGCUUUUAGUAGUGGUUCAAACUUUACUCGACACCAGAGAAUUCACACCGGAGAGAAGCCUUAUGAAUGUAAAGAAUGUGGGAAGGCCUUUAGCAGUAGUUCAAACUUUAUUCAGCAUCAGAGAAUUCACACCGGAGAGAAACCCUAUGAAUGUAAGGAAUGUGGCAAUGCCUUUAGUCAGAGUUCACAACUUAUUAAACAUCAAAGAAUCCAUACAGGUGUGGAUGGACAUAAUACCUUUAUUUUAUUUAUUUAUAUGUGGUGCUGAGGAUCAAACCCAGUGCCUCACAUGUGCCAGGUGCUUGUCUCAUGUAUUGGAAGAAUAAAAUCCACAGACAACAGGGUGGGUAAGUAUAAGAAUAGGACUUAUUGAAUAGAAACAGGAACAAAACUCUCACAGUGCAAGAAGAGACCCAAGAGCAGGUUUUCUCCAUCCAAGUGUGCCAGUCUAGGGGUUUGUAUAGCACUUGAGUCACUGCUAUUGGUCCAAACUUAUACUAAUUAGGGUAUGGAAAAAGACUAAAGCUAUUGGUUAGCCCUGAAUUCCAUUCAGGUUUGCCUUACUUCCAUUUCUCACCCCUGCUUUGGGAAGCAGGAGGUUGAACUCAUUGAAUUGUGCAUGCUCAGUGAGCUGUCUGGAGCUGCGGUGCCUGUGUGCAGUGCACUUUUGCUGUGGACAUCUAAACCAUGUGUAGCCUGGGCUGCCAUGGGGUGACUGGUCAGCUUGUCCUGGCUCACCUCUGCCUGGCCCACCAGCCCUCAGGCCCAUGCCUCCAUUGCAGAAUAGCAGCCAGUGCUUGCUGUUUGUGCUUCAGUUCACCUGGGAUGCUGUUCUGUCACUUCACCACUCCCAUACUGCUUCUCAUCAGGGACCAAGGUGCUGGCUCCAUGGCUUGGUGACUGGGCAGCUAUGUCAAUAUUAUCCUACUAAUGACUAUCUUUUGUGCCAUGAAGAUGUAUUAAUUCUAAUGAUGUUGCUUCUUACCUAAGGCAGGUGAAAUAAAAAUGACUUUGAACUGAAAGAAAAACAUCAUACUAUAAAAAUUCCCAUCAAAACUAAAUAUUGUGGGGCUUGGCACAGUGGUGCACAAAUGUAACCCCAGCAGCUCAGGAGGCUGAGGCAGGAGGAGGUU